AAUCGGCCCACCCCACCCGACCUCGUAUCCACCGUCGUCUCUCGCUAAUCUUUCUUUAUACUCGCCGCCCACCUGCCGCCGCCCCGCCUACCUUGUGAAUCUCGACCGCCCUCGCGCCGCUGAUCCGCCGGAGCCCGAACCCCCUCUCGCCGCCGGUAAAGGAUCCGUUGCACCUCCGCCCUCCUCAUCUUCCUCGGUCUACUAGGUCACGCGAGUCGCGGCGGACGGAGGCGGAGGAGAUGGCGGCGAACCUCGAGGACGUGCCCUCGGUGGAGCUCAUGACCGAGCUGCUCCGCCGCGCCAAGUGCAGCUCGAAGCCUGACAAGCGCAUCAUCCUCGUCGGUCCACCUGGCUCUGGGAAGGGAACACAGUCGCCCCUUAUCAAGGAUGAAUACUGUUUGUGCCAUUUAGCCACUGGUGAUAUGCUGAGGGCUGCUGUCGCUGCUAAGACUCCUCUGGGGAUCAAGGCUAAAGAAGCCAUGGACAAGGGAGAGCUUGUUUCAGAUGACUUGGUUGUUGGGAUUAUUGAUGAAGCCAUGAAGAAACCUUCAUGCCAGAAAGGUUUUAUCCUUGAUGGCUUCCCUAGGACUGUUGUUCAAGCGCAAAAGCUCGAUGAAAUGCUGGCAAAGCAAGGUGCUAAGGUUGACAAGGUUCUGAACUUUGCGAUCGAUGAUGCAAUAUUGGAAGAACGAAUUACUGGCCGUUGGAUACACCCAUCAAGUGGUAGAUCUUACCAUACAAAAUUUGCUCCUCCUAAGACACCUGGAGUUGAUGAUGUUACCGGGGAGCCCUUAAUUCAAAGGAAAGAUGACACAGCUGCUGUCUUGAAGUCAAGGCUUGAAGCUUUCCAUAUACAAACUGAACCUGUGAUUGACUACUACUCCAAGCAUGGCUUAGUUGCAAAUCUUCAUGCGGAGAAACCGCCAAAGGAAGUGACCGUGGAGGUGCAGAAAGCCCUUUCAUAAAGCGCCCGUUUCACCUUGAAAAUGACAUGCACCAAAACCCUUUGUCUGGGUUUCCUGGAAGCAAUAAACUGGUACCGCAUCGUAGCGUUUUUUAUUUUCCGUAUGCCAUGUGCGCGAUAGCACCAUUUUGUUACAGCUUUUGCAAGCUCGGGAUUGGUCUGAACAGUUUUAGCGGUACAGAGAUGAUUACAGCAACUCACCCUUGACAAAAUUUCCUUGCUGUGUGGUUCUACUUCUUGUGAUCAUGCCUUUGUUUUGAUCUUUUGCUAUGUGUUACUACCCAGCAAUGUGUAGUAUGUACAAUUGUGUGAUGUAAACCAUAUGUUGGAUCAAUGCAUAUAUCUUCACUGCGGCCA